AUGGUGGUUGCACGAAAGUGGAUUUACGUGAAGCCAUUCGAGGGGUUGCCGAAAGACGAGAAUUUCAAGCUGGAGGAGGAAGUUUUGCCAGAACCAGCUGAUAAUGAAUUUCUUGCCGAGGCUGAGUUUCUAAGCGUCGAUCCGUACAUGCGCCCGUACAUGGCAAGCUAUCCGGCUGGUUCGCUGAUGAUUGGCGGACAGGUGGCAAAGGUAACGGCAAGCCGUAACGCUAGUUACCCGGUCGGUUCGUACGUGUUCGGUAAUUUCGGUUGGCGCACGCACACCAUCGUCAAUCCGAAUAAGUCGGGCGAUAGCAAGCCGUACGUUUUGCCCUCGUUUGGAAAGCAUCCACGGUCGCUCGGUGUCGGCAUACUCGGUAUGCCGGGCAAUACGGCGUACUUUGGUUUUCUGGAGCUCUGUCGACCCAAGGAAGGCGAAACGGUAGUCGUGAGUGGGGCAGCCGGUGCGGUGGGUAGUGUUGUUGGGCAGAUAGCGAAGAUCAAGGGUUGCCGGGUAGUUGGUAUCGCCGGUACCGAUGACAAAUGUGAAUGGUUGCGGCAGCUUGGAUUCGACGCGACCAUCAACUAUCGUAAGGUGGGACAGAGCGGAUUUUCCGCUGCGCUGAAAGAGUCCGCCCCGAAAGGUGUGGACUGCUACUUCGACAACGUGGGUGGAUACAUCUCGGAGGCUGUGCUGGGACAGAUGAAUUUGUACGGGCGGAUUUCUGUGUGUGGGACGAUCUCCAACUACAAUGAUGCACGGGUGCAGGUGUCCGACCCGCAGCGUGAGUUCGUAUUUAAGCAACUCUGCCAGGAAGGUUUCCUCGUGACCCGCUGGACCAACCGUUGGAUGGAGGGUAUCCUGCAAAAUCUCCGCUGGAUCGAGGAGGGCAAACUGACCUACCAGGAAACGAUCACGGAGGGUUUCGAGCAGAUGCCGAAAGCCUUCGUAAGCAUGCUCACCGGUGGAAACACUGGUAAGGCGGUGGUAAAGGUCUAA